AUGGAAGUGAAUGAGCAAAAACGUUUUGAAACCGGUGCAUCGUACCAAAAAAGACCUGGACGCCUGAUAAUUACAAACAAGCGACUUUAUUGGUCUCCUAAUAAAGGAGAAAAACAGCCUAUAAUCAACAUCCCUCAUGCAGUUUCAAGUAGUAAGUGCCGAUCUCAAUGGUAUUCUAAUCUUCAAAGCCCUGGAUUUGCUAAAAAUUAUGAGCUAGACGUAUACCUUAAAGUAGCUCAAGAACCAAAAUUCAAGAUAUCUACAGGGGGAGCUGAAUACACAUUUUCUUUAAGUGCAUGGGAUCUCAUUCCGAAGAUACAGUCAGAGUUAACUACUGUUAAAGGGAGGUCUGCAGCACCUUCACCGGUCGCUCCUAGAUCUGCCGCUGCUUCUCCAGCGCAUCAACGCUCUUCUGCACCAUCUCCCGCUUCAGGUUCUUCUUCUCCAGCACUUCGGAAUGGUCCUCAAAAGGUUACUAGUAAAACUGGUGCCCCAUCGCGAAAUUCCAAUAGCGAUAAACAUAAAUUAUGCAUGCAGUUACUUUUACGAGACAAAAACCUUUCAGAACAACACAGAACACUUGUCUUAAAAGAAAGAUGUGUCACUGAAGAUGAAUUUUGGGAACUUCGUCAAGAUCUGUUAAGAGAUCAUGAGUUACAAAUGAAACAAAAAAAAGGGAGAUCUUCUGUUAUUCCUAAUAUCCGACCAAUUACUGAAGAAGGAGGAGAAACAAAGAUAAAUAUUACGCCUCAAUUAGUUCAAGAGAUUUUCGAUGAAUAUCCUCGUGUUAAAAUAGCAUAUGAACAAAACGUAGGCGAUAAUAAGCCACUUGGUCAUAAGGAAUUUUGGAAACGAUAUGUGCAAUCAAGGUUUAAUGAUAGAAACCGAAGCAAUGGAUCGAGUGUGGUUAACGAUGAUUUAUUUGAAAGAUGCUGGUUAGAGACAGAGGAAGAUCUAAAUCAAGAGAGAGAACACAGAGAACAUGGGCGUAAGCGAAUAAAAAUCAGCAACCUUCGAGAUCUAAGUGCAACCAAAGAAGAUCACAUGGAGGUUGAAUUAGUAAAAGAUAUAACAAUGCGUUCAGGGCAAGGAAAAAUUCUUUCUUUAAUUCGUCGUAGUAACCGUCAUGGAGAAAGAAUUUUAGAAACAUCGAGUUCAAAAACUCGAAUAUCUAAAGAAAAAGCGAACCAAAAUAAUCAGGAUUAUACUCCAUAUAUCAACAUAGAGGAUCUUAUUGAUGAACAACCAGAAAACUCAAUUCGUUUAGAGAUUCAUGAUCAGCGAGAGUAUUUUGCUAGUCAGAAGUCAGAACAGGACCGUGACGUAGAAAUGAUAGAUUCACAAAAAUCACCGAUCGAUAUAUUAAAUGAACUUAAAGCUGACUUCGUUGAUUGGAGACCUAAUCUGACGGUGUCAUUAAUUAGUGAUAAAUCCGCUAAAAAAGCAACAAAAAAAUGUAACGAACUGAUCAAGAUAAAACAAAAUUAUGCAAAAGAAGCAUUACCAAAUUUGGAAAACUUUCCUUCACCAAUUGAGAAAGAAGUUCAUCUCCUUCAUCUUAUGGGAAAUGAGUAUCUGCGGCAUUUUUGGGCAUCGAUGAACUCCAAAGAUAAAGCCGAAAAGAAUAAAAAAAUGAUUGAAAAGCUUCGUAGUGCUUUGGCUCGAAUCAAUAAAAUCAAAAAAUUGAAUCAAGAUGGUGAUGAGGCACUAGAUUCCUCACAAUCGUCUCAAAGUACAGAUAUACGAGUUAAUGAAUUAGAAUGGUCAGAUGCCACAAAACUGGCAGUGCAAAUGCUUAAACCUUUACGCGAUGCUAUUGAGACAGCUCUCCGGGGAAGAGGUCACAACUAG